AUGAGCAGAAUUAAAGACGUUUUACGUCAGAAAGUAUUCACACAGUAUGAUGAGCCUGACUUGUGGGUAAAAAAUUACUUGACGAAUCCUCCUGUGUCAGAAGAUGAACUAGAACAUCUCAGAUCAGUCAUGCAAAAGGACAGAGCUCUUAAAAAGUCCGACUAUGAACGGAUUGUUGACUUGGUCAAAGUGUUUCCCGACAAACUGCAUCCAGAACUGCUGCACGAUACAAUGUGUCAGAUAAGCUCCAGACUCCCAGCUAUACCUGGAAGUGGUCUUGUUUCAACUUGCAGACCAGUUUUACCCUCCAGGAAUAAGAUCCCUGCUGAGGUAAUACCUGAAAAUCCACGCAGACGAGGAGUUUGUGCAUCACUGUUUCCACAAUGUGCAGUUCAGACAAAAUUCUCAAGAUUAUGCCCAAAAUGCUGGCAGAAAUUCAAUCCUUUACUCGAAAAUUAUCGGUGUAUUAUUUGUGGUGUUUAUGUUUGCAAACAAUGUGCAUUUAAGGUCCCCAAAAAGAUAUUGGACGUCAUGUGUAAAGAAUGUUGGGAGAUUGCGAAAUGUUACUGUAAAACAGGCGAUUGGUUCAAUCAAUACGUAGAGUCAAAACUACCCACUCCACUGAAGUUUGACUUUAAAUUUAUUCAGCUUCAAAGUGGUAAUAGUAAGGCGAGCGGUGAGCUGAUUGCAUAUUUUGCUCGAAAAUGGAGAGAAAAAGUAAAAGAGAAAUCAAAGUCUUCAGUGUCAUUGUCACUGCGAGAAAAUCAUGAAAAUGAUACAUGUCUUGACAAUGCUCAAAAUCCAGUUAUAUCUGAACAAAUUACUCGCAUAAUGAAAAAACGAAGACGAAAACGUAGAUUUUUACACCGUGAGCUAUCUCAAAAGAAGUUUAAGAAUAAAUCACUGGAAUCGCUUAAAUCAAAUCCCGAAGCUGUUAAAGAGAUGAAAACCCUAUCUCACAGUGCUUUUCAGUUGAAUUUUCGUGUUCCAUAUCAACGUAGUGUAUACUUAGGCAAGCAGAUGAUUCUUAGUAAUUCAGAAGAGACUGGAUUAAAUAAAUUUCAAAAAAAGAGUUUCGGCACCAUCGACAGGUUCAAUCAACCCGAAAUAGAUGUAUCCAUGGAAUAUGACGUACAAGAUAAUCAGCUUGCUGUGGCAAUAUGGGCGAUACGUAACUUGUCAGAGGACAAACAAGAGAUAGGUGUCCCAUAUGCUACAGUCCACUUACUACCAGAUGAAACUAAAUACAAUAUAAAACUGUUAAAUCCACAGAAAUGGAAUGAAGUCGAUUCCGAUUUUUGCAAGAGUGCGUGUUUUCCAGUAAAUGUAUAUGAUUUAAACAAAAAAAUAAUUUUUAUUCACAUAUGGUGUAAAAAGGGCAUUGUAUCAAGGAUGACACUAGGUCAAGUUGUUAUACCGGUUGGAGAAUACAAUCUAGACUCAAUGCAAAGACAGACAUUCAGAUUACUGAAAGAAGAGAAUCACCUGUCAUAUUUAUCAAUGAGCCCACAUUAUAAUGGUCAAAUUAUCGUUGCGCUUCGUUUUUCUAUUUCUGAAAGUCAAAAAUGUAUGGUGCUAGUAACUGAUGAAGCUAUUGACCUAUGCGGUACACUGGAAGUAUGGAUUAAAAAAGGAAUAAAUCUGUCGUCAAAAUCGAGUAAAGAAAUAACUUCUUAUGUGACUGUGGCACUAACUGAUGAAAACAAUGUUACAGAAAGUCGCAAUACUGAUUAUAUACAAAGGACUAAUAAACCAUUGUGGAAUAGUUUACUUAAAUUUCCUGACAAAUAUCUUAGUGAUCUGUCCAAAUUUACAAUGAAGUUAACUAUUUGGAAUCGAUUCAACAGAACUGGCCCUCCAGAACUAUUAGGAUUUGUACAACUGUGCACGAAAGGAGCGGAAUACAAGUUUGAAAACUCCACUGGUGGUGACACGGAUUGUUAUCAGCAGUGUUUAAGAAGACCGAACACAGCACUUUGGGAUUCAGUUCAAUCUAAACCGGGAACUUGGGUUCAAGAAACUUUAAACAUACAUCCUCCAAGUUUAUGGUAA